UCAGUGAACCUAUGGUGAAUUUCAUGUUCGUUAGCUGCAUUAGGAAUGGUGACCAUGGGACGACAGAAGAACAGGCGGACCAACCAGAAUUGCCAGGUCCUGUGGAUGCACCCGAGGAUGCUUCCAAGGAGAACGUUAGCCCCACUAAGGAAUCUGAUGAGGUUGAAGACAAUGGGGAGGUACCACUGAAGUUCAGAAACUACCUUCCUCAUGAUGAGCGUCUCCGAGGUGGCAAGGUGGCCCCGCUGUCUCUUCCCAAGUUUGAAGAUCCGAUCGCUGCUGAUGCCGCUGAGCCAAAGCAGCUCGAGAACCCCUUCGGGAACAUCGCUCCGAAGAACCCGAACUGGGACCUGAAACGAGAUGUGCAGAAGAGGAUCGACAAGCUGGAGAAGCGCACUCAGAAAGCUCUGGCGGAGAUUGCAUUGGAGCAGCAAAAGGAGAAAGAGGCGCUGGAGGAGGGAGGCGAUGCAGCUCAAGAGUGACGUGGUACUGGUGCCGGUCCAAAUGUUUGUGUAGAACAGAGGAAGCAGCUAGCGGAAGUCAAACAUUGAUGUGUUUGUAAUGCACGGUGUCGGCUGAGGACUAAUGUACGGAGAUUGUAGUCGUGUGCUCACCUGAUACAUGGAUAAUGAUUUUCAGUUCAGUACCCAGAAUUUUGAGUUCUAGUGAUGGUUAGUGUCUUAUGUCUAAGUGAUCAAAUUGAAUAUGAUCCCUUUCAUGAAUGUGGACCAUAUAUAGCCAUGGACUUGCCGUGAUUACUUUGCCAUUGCCCA